AUGAAUACGGUUUGCCAACAGAAAACUGCCACUCCUUGUAGGUUUGAAACUACACAAUCGUAUCUUCUUGAAUAAUCACCUAAAAUAUAAUAUAGAAGAGUGAAUUCUCCAGGUUUACCUGAUUGCUCUUUUAGAAGGAGUCAUAAAUCAUCAGUUGAUAAGCGAAAUUACAUGACUUUAGGUUAAAUGGAUAUCUAAUAAUUGUUGAAACCUACACGAUCACUUGAGGAAAGUCCUGAACAAAAGUUGAAACCUUAUUAUGUGAAAGGAGAGGACAUCAUCGAUCAUCAUUAGCAAUCAUUCAAUCCAUAAUAAUAUAUGAGUAUAAAGGAGGAUAAGGAAAUUUAAGUUGAAGAGUAACCAUUUGAAUCUCCACCAAAAAUGGAAGUGUUUUCAAAACCUUAAUUAAGAAAGGAAAUGAAAAUGGUGGAUAAAAUUGAGAGUGACAAGGUUAGUCUUGAGAUAUUCAUGUCUGAAUAGGACGAGAACUCUCUUAUUUUUACAGGUAUAACCAAGAAAUUGGUGCCAUCUCCUGAAGAAAAUAAAUAAAUCUUAAUGCAGAAUUUACAAUAAUUAUUUACAUCGAUUGACAAAAGUGCUAACUAAAAUAAAUUCUAAAAUUACAUAAAGAUGGAAUCCUUAGAGUAAUCUGUUUUCCAUCAGCAUUUGAAUAAAUCAACUUAACAAGAUUUUCUCUCUGUCUCAUCUGCACAAUCUAUCAAAUAAUAAAAAUGCUCUUCUUAAACUAAUUUCAGAAGAAAUUCAGCUGUUGCACCAAAAUAACCAUCAAAAUGGAAUAAUUCAACCAAAGCUGAUAAAAUGAAAAACAAUUGUUUUUCUACUAAAUAAUCAAAAAGUCCCUUUUUAAAAGCUUAAAAUUAAAAAAUGUCUAUUAGUAAGCCCAAGUUAUAGCAAAUAAAUCUUAAUAUCUAGUCUCCUCAAAAAAUGCAGCUCCAUAAAAACUAACAACAAGCUUAAUAGAAUAGAUCAACUGUACAGAAAGUAAGAUCUUUUCAUAUAACUCCUGAAAAAAUAGAUGAUUGCAUUUACGAUGAAAGAUUUUAUAAAUGA